AGCGACCGCGGCUACUGGCAAACUGAGAACCGACUUCAGCAGGAAGAGAAGGGAGUGCCUUGCAGUCGCACGCAGGCUCAGACUCCUCGGACCUAUCUGUCUGGAGAGCAGGAACGAAAACGGCGGGGAGGCGGGUUUCCGAAGGGCCGGACGACGUCACGCACGCGCAGGCGUGCCUCUGACCAGCAAAGUUGCGCGGGAAUUCUGAAGGCCGCGGGCCGAAGGCGAGUGGGCCUGAGCCUGUGGCAGCCGCGGCGUCUGUACCGCGGUCGGAAGAGCUGAAGUUCGCCGGGCUCUGGCUCCGCGGGCACACCGGGCAGGGGAGCUGAGGAGCGACCGAGAGAGGGAGAGGGCGCGCGGCUGCCCCGGGGCGUCCAGCACGUCAUGGCUUUGCAGAUGCAACUCGAAGCAAGCGCAGAUACUUCAGUGGAAGAAGAAAGCUUUGGUCCACAGCCCAUUUCACGGCUAGAGCAAUGUGGCAUAAAUGCCAAUGAUGUGAAGAAAUUGGAAGAAGCUGGAUUCCAUACUGUGGAAGCUGUUGCCUAUGCACCAAAGAAGGAGCUAAUAAAUAUUAAGGGAAUUAGUGAAGCCAAAGCUGAUAAAAUUCUGGCUGAGGCAGCUAAAUUGGUUCCAAUGGGUUUCACAACUGCUACUGAAUUUCACCAAAGACGGUCAGAAAUCAUACAGAUUACUACUGGCUCCAAAGAGCUUGACAAACUUCUUCAAGGUGGGAUUGAGACUGGAUCUAUCACAGAGAUGUUUGGAGAAUUCCGAACUGGGAAGACUCAGAUAUGUCAUACACUGGCUGUUACAUGCCAGCUUCCCAUUGACCGUGGUGGAGGCGAAGGAAAAGCCAUGUACAUUGACACCGAGGGCACCUUUAGGCCAGAACGGCUGCUAGCAGUGGCUGAAAGAUAUGGUCUCUCUGGCAGUGAUGUUCUAGAUAAUGUAGCGUAUGCUCGAGGGUUCAACACUGAUCACCAGACGCAGCUCCUUUAUCAAGCAUCAGCCAUGAUGGUAGAAUCCAGGUAUGCACUGCUUAUUGUAGACAGUGCCACUGCCCUUUACAGAACAGACUACUCAGGUCGAGGAGAGCUGUCAGCCAGGCAAAUGCAUUUGGCCAGGUUUCUACGGAUGCUUCUACGACUUGCUGAUGAGUUUGGUGUGGCAGUGGUAAUCACCAACCAGGUGGUAGCCCAAGUGGAUGGAGCAGCCAUGUUUGCUGCAGAUCCCAAAAAACCCAUUGGAGGAAACAUCAUUGCUCAUGCAUCAACCACCAGGCUGUACCUGAGGAAAGGAAGAGGGGAAACCAGAAUCUGCAAAAUCUAUGACUCUCCCUGUCUUCCUGAAGCCGAAGCUAUGUUCGCCAUAAAUGCAGAUGGAGUGGGAGAUGCCAAAGACUAAUGUGUAACUUUCUUCUGAUAAACUUUCAGUGCUGUAACCUAAUGGAGUGGACUGCUCCCUGGAGUUCUUCACAGGCCUCUUCCUGUUGGGAAUGCCAGGACAAGGUUCCCAGAAAACAGCUACUGUAUCAGCUUUUCUGAUAGUAUAAACAAAAAACAGGUCAGCGUUCAAGCUGAUCUGUAGUGGUUAUUUUCCUUUCUGAAGUGUAUUAAUAUCUCUGAUGUCUUUGGUGUUUGGAGAGGUAUGAAAUACCUUUUGACAUAGUACCUUAGGACUGACAGGUGUAACAUCAGUUGGAUAGUCUUGUUUCCAGAACUAAAGCUGGGGAGACCGGAGUCUUCUCUCACUGGUAAAUAAAAUGCCUGCACAUCUACAGCUAAGGGGAUGGGUGUGUUCAUUCUUUUCUCUACCAGUAAAACUCCUCUUUCAUUCACAAGCAAGCUUUAAAGUUGUAUGUCUGAACUCUUAUAUAAUAAAAAUUUGUUUUAAUUAAGGAA